AUGGCAAAUUGCGCUCUCUGCAAAGGUCCUUUGGAAUCUGUCGUAGCUUUGGAUAUGGUCAGCUGGCUUGGACAUCGGACACACCGAUUCAGGCGGCCCAGAGCUUCUUGUUCCCAAGCAGCUCUCCAACUGCCCCCUCUGAGCAGCAACAACAUCAACAUCAACAUCAACAUCAACAUCAACAGCGGCAUUACCGCCAGUACCACAACUACCACCAGCAGCAGAAACAAAUGCUGCCGCCAGGGUAUGGCAAAGCCGAAGCAGUGCGUGCUGCAGCUGCAUGCGGCACAGCCACCGGCAGCUGUGGCGGGUUACCACCACCACCACCGUGCCGCGACCGGCCCCUGUCAGACCGCAGCUGCUACCCAUCAGUUUGACGAUGCGAUGCGGCAGCGCCAACAUCACCCGAGACAGCAGCUGCUGCUGCUACAGCCGCAGUUACUACAGCCGCAGCAGCUGCAGCACGACGGGGCACCGGCUGUUGCAGCCGCAGCCGCAGCAGCAGGCUGGAGCCCCGUGGCGAGCCGUCGUUGCUUGCAGCGGUACGACUCAUUGGAAAGCGACGGCUCGCACUCCGAUAGUAGCGUCGUCUUUGCAACGGAAAACAACGCCAACGGCAACAUUUUAACCGUUGCAACCGCCGCAACUGCCGCCCCUGCAACCGUUACAGCUCCUGGGGUUGCAGCGGCGGCAAGCAGCGUCAACGCUAUCGUAGCUUUUGCUGCUGUCCCGCAACGGUGGGAUGCUAUCAGUCAGAUGACCUCGAGCCGAACUCGCCAGUCACAUCAGGGCGCCCUGCUGCCUGCCGCACCAGCACCAGCACCAGCAACAAGACCGACGGUAACGACUACAGCAGUGCGUGGAUGGACCCAUGGGUCACAUGCGACCGCGUACUCGACGCUGUCGUCACCACCACCGCCGCGCCUCUCCCGGCUGUCGACGCCCUGCGCCAGCCACGGCGAAGAGUUUAUCCUCAAUGCCACUCGUGCCCUGUACCUCUGCCCCGACACAAGCGGCAAGCUGGCGUUACAUAUCUGGCGCCGCGUCGGCGCUGUCGUACGGGUGGUGCUGUCCAUUCGCGACGUGGGCGUCGACGGUGACGAUCCGCGGGUUGUGUCGAGCACCUACCGCAUAUACGCCACAGCUUGUCUGUGGCUGGCGUCUAAGCUGGAGGAGCAGCGCCGGCUGGUGGCGGAGCCGGGGGCCCUUGCGGUGGUGGCGCAGGCGUCGGCGGAGGCCUUAUGUACGGCAGAGCUGCGAGUUUUGGCCUGGGUGGAAUGGUGCCCGCUGCGAGGCUACCUGCCGUCGCCGCCGCAGCGUCUGGGGCUGGGUCCGGCGCGUGGUUAG